GCUCUUUGAUCAUCAUCUCUCUCUGUCUUGUCAGUUCUGUAUCUCCUUCUUUCAUUCAUCAUGGCCUCCUCUUCCAAUCUCGAUUCGCUGCUGUCGAAGAGCGCAAAUGAUCUGGCGAAGGAACAGGAGGUUCAAAGAGUGAUGAAAGCUUUCAAGCUCAAUCCUUAUGACAUUCUCGAUCUUCCUGCGUUUGCUACAGAAGCCGAAGUAAAGAAGCAGUAUCGUAAGAAGUCUUUACUGAUUCAUCCGGACAAAUUCAAACAUGAGAAUGGACUCGAGGCAUUUGACUUUCUGAAAAAGGCUGAGGCCCAACUUUCUGAUUCCUCCAAACGCACUGAAAUUGACGCCAUCAUGACUCACUGUCGGACUGCUGUACUAAAAAGUGUACUUGGGUCCGGAUACUCUACCAACAUCGCAGAUACAGAUCCACGAAUCACCUCCCUGAGACCGCCUUUGGAUGCUCAGAUCCGAGCAAAGGCGAAAGAAGUCUUUGUAGAGGAUGAGCUGGCAAAGCGAAGGAAAUCGAAACUCGCAUUUGCAAAUGAAGGCGCUGAGAAAGCCAAAGCUGAAGCCGAAGUGGCCGCGAGAAAACGCAAGAUUGAGGAGCAAGCGAAGUGGGAAGAACGACGCGACGAGCGCAUCAGCUCCUGGCGAGACUUUAGCAGCAAGAAGGCUAAAAAGUCCAAAAAGAACCUUCACGUUCUGGGCUGACGAACGAUUAGCUUAGGUAUCUUUGUUGUAUAUAUCUGGCGCUGUGGCGUCGGCUGUAUCAUAAUUUGCAUGUACACAUGGGUUUCGGCAA